AUGUGCGUUUUAGGAGUCGACGGAAAAGGAGCAAUCUACUUGACGACUAAAAAUGGAACGUUUCCAAUAACGCUGACAUCCUUGAGGUCCCACGGCUCCCUCCAAGACACUUCAAACAUCUCUGCAACGGAAAAUAUUUCACGAAACUCUGCCGAGGAGUCCCUCGACUAUUGGGAGGACAGAACUGACGAAUUGUUACUCUCGAAUUAUAUCAACGACACGUUUGUCGCUGGGAGUUCGAGCUCGAGCGUGUGGAAGAAGGAGUAUAAGAGGAGCAUUAAUGAUGCCGUCUCGAAAAACAUUACUUUGGUGUUGGAAAACUUGUUGAAGAACUACGAGAACUCUCAGCUGCCGACUCAUGGCAAAGGAUAUCCGACUGUGGUCCAAACAAACAUACUUAUAAGAAGCAUGGGGCCGAUAUCGGAACUCGAUAUGGACUACUCGAUGGACUGCUACUUCAGGCAGUACUGGCGUGACGCUCGGCUCUCCUUCCUGGGUCCUAUCCAGUCCCUCUCCCUCUCUAUCAAGAUGCUUGAGAGGAUCUGGAGGCCUGACACCUACUUCUACAAUGGGAAACACUCCUACGUCCAUACGAUCACCGUGCCUAACAAGCUUCUUAGGAUAAGCAAGCAUGGAGACAUUUUGUACUCGAUGAGGUUAACAAUCAAAGCUAAGUGUCCGAUGGAACUCCGCAACUUCCCCAUGGACCGGCAAUCCUGCCCCCUCAUCCUCGGCAGCUAUGCAUAUUCAAACCAGCAGUUGGUGUACCAGUGGCAGAACUCUGAGAGUGUCAACUUCGUGCCAGGAAUGACCCUGUCGCAGUUUGACCUCAUUAGCUUCCCUUAUAGGAACUUCACCUUCACCAGGCGAGAAGGGGACUUCUCAGUACUCCAAGUGUCAUUCAACCUUCAAAGGCACACAGGCUACUUCCUGAUUCAAGUGUACGUGCCCUGUAUCCUCAUUGUAGUACUGUCCUGGGUCUCAUUCUGGAUUCAUCGAGAGGCGACAUCAGAUCGCGUGGGUCUGGGCAUAACGACAGUGCUGACGCUAUCAACCAUCAGCCUGGACUCGCGCACCGACCUUCCGAAGGUGCGGUAUGCCACGGCCCUGGACUGGUUCCUGCUGAUGAGCUUCUUCUACUGCAUCGCCACACUGCUGGAGUUCGCUGGAGUCCAUUACUUUACCAAGGUUGGUUCUGGUGAGAUCGUGAUAGAUGACUCUGAAUGGGAGGAGCUGAUCGAGGAAGUCGGAGGUGACGCGUUUGCUGCUCGACAACUUGCCGUGCGCCGGCGCAGCUCUGCGCGGUCCGCUACUAAUUAUAGCUUCUCACUCCCCGCUCAAAGCACCUGCUCGGGCGAGGAUACGGUUCAGAGCCACGAGUCAGCGGGCGCAGUACGACUGACGAUGGAACGAACCACGCAGACGGAAACCAGGGUUCCUCGCUGGAGACAGCUGCUGUACUGUCUCGCCGGAGACGACCGGUACCGCAGGCAGCGGCAGCGGGAAGCUGGAAGUCGCGGCCACAUUAACAGCGUGUCUCACAUCGACAGGGCUGCUCGGGUGUUGUUCCCGGCCUCAUUCGCCCUCCUGAACCUCUUCUACUGGAUGGUCUAUGCCUUCUCCAACGACGACUUCGCUUGGAGUGACAACCCUAUGAAUACGUUAUCACAUUGAGGGUUGACACUGCUUCUAAAUCACGCUCCAUGGAUGAAGUUUUUGAGGGCCUAGCCGAAAUGUUUUUCCCUACGAUUUGCCGUAAAUAUAAAUAGGUACUACGCAUAGAAAGGACACUCCCCUCACCGAUACGAGCAAGAAUUACUAGGUAAGUAGACAAACGGCCACAGUGGUCCAGUGGUUUGAUCGCUGGGCUCACGAUCCGGAGGUCCCGAUUCGAAUCCCGGUGGAGAUAUACGAGUAUAUUAGGUACUUUG